UUUUUUCUGAGCGCUUUCACUUUGCGCGCAUAAGUUUCGCGUCACCGCGCUGUGACGUAUCACUGUGCGCCUUUGUUGUUGGACGACGGGCUCGCGUCCGGAAGCGGGAUGUGGAGAAGAAGAUCGUUAGAAAUGAUUUUUUGUUUUUGACGACAAGUUCAUUGUGAAGCAGUGGGAGUAACAAUCUCGGCCCGUGUCAGUUUUUUUUUUGUUGUUGUUUCGGAGCAGAGCAGAAUAACGGACAUGUCUUCCGCGGCAGAGACGGUGGAAAACGCCGCCAUCAUUUCUGAAAGCGUGGCGCACGACGGCAACCGCUUAUGGAUCGGCAACCUGGACCCCAAAAUCACAGAGUACCACCUGGUGAAGCUGCUGGAGAAGUUCGGUAAAGUCAAACAGUUCGACUUCCUUUUCCAUAAAUCUGGCCCUCUGGAGGGUCAGCCGCGGGGCUACUGCUUCGUCAACUUCCAUACUCGGGAGGAGGCGGAGCGGGCCAUCCGCUGUCUGAACGGUAAACUGGCCCUGUCUAAGAGGCUGGUGGUCCGCUGGGCGCAUGCGCAGAGGUUUGAGGGCUUCCGCAGUGAGAAGAACAUCAUGCCCCCCAGCCUGGAGCCGUCCUGCAGCGACGCGGCGGAGGAGGGCCCCGCCGCCACCGCCCACCUCAGCACCAGUGCCAAGAUCCGUGCCAUUGAAGCCAAGCUGCAGAUGAUGGAGGAUAACCCAGACGAUGAGUACACGGGGCCUUCGCCUUACGUCUACAACAAGCCGCCAGAGAGGAAACGCUGGGAGCCCUACAAUAAACCCCACAAUAACAACCAGAGCAGGCCCUUCCGCAAGUUCAGGAGAUGACCCCCGUUUGACCUUUCUGAUUAACCCUCUAGACCGCCUUCCACCUUCUCUUGCCCUGAAGCCACCCUCCAUACCCAAACCUGCCUCCCUGCACACACUACAACACACUGAAGAAAAGCUGUCAGUGAACAGCGUUUCAGAGUUGGUUCACACAGUCGGGUGGAAGGCGACUUAACUUUCUGGGUUUGACUGCGAGCGAAGAGAUUUUUUUUCCCCCCACUUUUAUUCUCGGUCGAACACUUGAAAGGUUUUAAAGGGUCGGUCAAGUUGUCAAAACAGGUUCAAGAUUUCAAGUUUGCUCCCAGACCUGACUGCUGAGCAUAUUGGAUGUGAAUCGGCUGAUUGCAAAGCAAAGCGUAAAAGAUGAACCCAGUAACAUUCAUUCAUCCAGGGAGUUUUGCUACCUGACAGACAAACCCACUCGGAUGUUGUUCAGUUUUCUGCUGUCGGCUGAUGAGCAGCUCUGUUGAAGUAAAUGGGGCUAAGUAGCCUGCUCAGGGACUCAAACUAGCAACCUUUCAGUUAAAGCCAGCAUCUCUGACCUCAUAGCCACAGCAUUUCCUACUGACCUGACUGUGGAAGACAACAGAAAAGGAAAAGCCACAGUGAGACAAAACACCAUUGUAGUGGAAAAUGAACUACAUGACUGAAAAACGAGAAUGCUGUUAAACUGAUGGGGAGAGUGGGAGUUAAAUGUGAUGUCUUAUCAGUGGUUUGGUUUUUUUUGUAUAUUUGGUGCCGGCAUUAAAACUAACAACACCUGAGGCUGCUCAACGCUAGUAAAAAAGUAAUUUGCAAAAUUGUAUCGGGAUUUAUUUUCACUGACUAUUGUCAGAUUUCAGUGCACGUUGACAGCACGUUCGCCUGUCUUCUUUUAGUGCUGAUAAUAUAAUUUACAGUAGUUCUGGAGUUGAGACGUUCACGCUGGAGGUUUAUUCUGUUGAAAUAAAACAAAAUACUAGUCCACUGGUUCCUCAAAGCAGCAGAACACCUUGGGCCCUAGUUGGUGGACGGUGCAAGGCUUGCGGUAGCGCUGAUGCGGUGUCAGUUUCGCUGGGGUGGUUUUACCCCUCGCCUGGGCACCGAAAUGGGCGUGGGGGCGCAGUGCAGGGUGUGUCAGUCAGAAUCAGGUGGCGCAGUGCUAGUUUGGUGUCAAAUAGAACCAAAUGUUGGCGCAGGCGUUGUGUGGUAGUCUCUGGGCUUUAGGGGAAGGUGCACCAAGUAUAGACUUGUCCGAAAUCUCACACGCCACUUUUGUGUAUGUUAUGUUGGCCUAUUUCAUGAAUCAUUUAACUAGGGACUACUGUCCUAAACCUUAUCCAGAGGAGUUGAAUCAAGUGCAACUGGACUUGGUAUAGUCAGAGCUUGGUCUAGUCAGAAAGGCACCGACUGAGGAAGCCUCUUGGAUGAGGAGGCGAAACGUCUUCACGGAUAUAUACCAAGUCCAGUUGCGCUUGAUUCAACUCCUCUGGAUAACCAUGACCUGGAUGAAUGAGGGCAGUCACAGACAUGUCCUAAACCUUUUUAAUCACAAAACAAAAUAUCUGCAUGCGUGUCAUUGUCUUCCAACAUAACACGGUCGGUGUCAUUACGCAUGGAAAACAUGUUGACGGGGAUCUCAAUAUUCCAAUUAAGCUCAUUCAACCUGAAAGAACGAACUGAUCACCUAGGGCUAAUUGAUCCGUGAUCACAACUCUUUAAGGUCUCCUGCUGUGUUCAUAGAAUGCGCAGGAAAGACGCUGGUGACGACGAAGACACGUUAAUCGGCAGCCUGUCAAUCACGUUUGCCUGUUGUCUCGCGUCACAUUGGAAUCGGUGUCAACAAGCGCCCCACCUUCCCCCUGGGAGGAGCUUCUCUGCCUCAUCCGGUCUGGACUUCCGCCUUCUCAUCCGGUCUGGACUUCCGCCUUCCCUUACGAAACUGGCCUUUCCGUCACGGGGAGCUGAUUUGAUUGGCUGUAACCGAAGAGCUCCGCCCACUCCCGCUGAGUUUAUUUCUACUUGUUCCGGCCUUCUUACAACCGCGCCUCCAUUGCGCUCGAUUAGCGCCGGCUGAGCGGGUCCUGAAAUUAGCCCAAAAAGUGUUGGCCACGCCUUCGACUAGCGCCGUGAAUUAAUGCCAGCGCCCCCGGACUGCGCCAUGACCCGGAAACCAGAGCCCGUUGUCUAGGAAACCGUCUGCAGCGUCUCCGUCGGCCAUUUUCUCACGUGGCGGUCACCGGCGUUGGCAUGGCGACUGUCGGGGAACAGACGGACGCGCUCUCGUUUUCCGCCGGUCGUGGAUUCUGGGGAACAGAACUUCCACAGAAGAUCCGGUUCGACUGAUCGGAUGCUAUGUUGACUGUUUUCAUUCUCAGUCCCGUCAUUUGCGCUUUUCAGUUGACUGAAUUCAUGACGGAUAACUUUUGUUCAUUUAGUCCCAAUUCUGUGUUUCAUUAAAACAUGUUAAA